AUGCCGGGUGGAUCUGCGUCUUUGUCUUCCUUCCGCAUAAUGGCCGCUCUUUUGGUCGGGUUACUCUGCUGUUUGCCGGGGGUCUUCGCAGAGAUAGAUUCUGUAUUUCGAUCGAGACCCGAUUUAUAUCCCCCGGCCCUCACGAUAGAGCACAGCGUUCCCGGCAAGGUUACUCCAGGAUAUAUCUUUGUCGGCCCGUAUGAAGCGGCUAACUCAGGUCCUUAUAUUUAUGAUAAUGAGGGCGUACGUCAUUUCCGUUUUCCCAUCGAGUUGCUCUCGCUGACACCAUCGCAGAACCUAGUAUGGAGCGGUUGGGGAAGUUCCGGUCCCGGCAACGCACACGGCAUGCAUGUAUGCAAAUACAAAGGGGAAGACCAUCUUUGUUUCUUCCAAGGUGCUCAACAGAAUGGAUACUGCCGGGGCCAUGGCGUCAUCAUGGACAAUCGGUAUCGCACCGUGAAGACUGUCGUCCCGGGGGGCGGAAUGGCGUCGAGCGAUAUGCAUGAGUUUUUACCCAUUAACGACGGCAAGACAGCACUUCUGACUGUGUAUCAACAGCGCCAGUUCGACAUGAGCUUAUGGAAUGUCAAGACUGGUAUGGGAUGGUUGAUGGAGAGCAUCUUCCAGGAAGUGGACGUGGAAACCAACGAGGUGCUGUUUGAGUGGAAGUCGCUUGACCAUGUUGACCCUACAGUUAGCUACACCUAUCCUGGUCAUACUGACACUUCGGGAACGGGGCUGGAUCCGCGCUCCCCGUGGGAUUAUUUUCACAUCAACUCCAUCGAUAAGAAUCAGGAAGGUGAUUACCUGAUCUCGUCACGACACACGAGCGCGAUCUACAAAUUUCCGGCCAGAAUGGGUCAGUGA